GUUGCUGCUCCUGAAGCUGCACCUGAAGAAGUCACAGCUACAGACAGUGACACAGAAGAUGUGAGAACUAAGCCAGAUAGUAUUAAAAUGCUCUCACACACACACACACACACACACACACUUCUACGUGUGUGGGCUCGGCCAUGCUCCUGACAUGCUCUUUUCUCAUUCUUCCUUAGUACAAUGACAUGGCAUAUGACAUGGAGAGCAUGCCAUCUUCUCCAGCUGUGACCACCCCUUCUGUGACUUUUUCUGUUGCCCCAAAUAAAGCCUCACGCUCUAGUGAUACCCCAGCAACUCCCCUUGCACUGUCAGAGUCUGAACCACCAAGUCCACAGGAAGACCACAGCGAUGAUUAUUCUCCUCCAUCAAAAUCAAAAAAGGUCUUAACAAAACAUCCCAAGUCAAGCAAACGUGGACGGCUGAGAAAAGGUGAAGAGAAGAGAAGAGAACCUGCCGAAGCCACUCCGUUUGUGGUGACCAGCGUGUUGCAAGCGCCGACCCAUGCACCCAACCCCGCGACUCAGCCACCCCCCGGUCUCACAGAGGAGGAGAUCAAGACAGACAUGAUGGUCCUGGCUAGGAGGAGGACCAAUACCUGGCACCAAGGCAGGAUAACAGAAAUCAAACGAACAGGUAAGAACACACACAACCACCGGUUAUUUCUGUUCUUGUAUAUCAGUAAAUGUCCUGUACAUAUUUCUUAGUUUUCUCCAUGCUCGCUAUAUCUCAAACAUUGAUGCUCCACAGAGAAUGGAAGCAGGUAUAAGGUGGGCUUUAGCGAGAAGGGGAGGAGCAUGCUGUCAGGACACCACAUAGCCUUUGACAACACCGCUUUGCUGGAGCAGCUGUACGUGGGCAUGCGCGUGGUGGCCAAGUUCAAGGAUGUCGACCAGUCCUGGUUCUACUCUGGCAUUCUGGCUGAACUCCCCAACCGAAAGAACCGCAUGAGGUAUGAGCGUUAAGUGGGUGGGUGUAUGUGAUUGGGUUGGUGUGCGCAGGGCCAGCCUGCUCAUUAGGCAGGAUUAGGUGGCCGCCAUGGCGGUAGAUUGACGAGGGUGUCAUUUUCUGAGCAAAACUGACCAAGACUCACCUCCAACAACAGGUAAUUCUGCCCAAAAACAAUGACAAUUUUUCUCAACCAGUGGCAUAUGGGCUUUUUAGGUGAGCGCUGAUGCCGCCCUGUGAUGAGCAGUGCCCACUUUGCCAAAGGCAGGGACACAAAAUAUUUAUAUUGUCCGUUCCCAGCGCACCUCUCCAGGGUGCUAUUAGAGAACUGCAUCGCUACGGUGCUCCACCAACAUUCCGUCAAAAAACAUAAAUCAUGUCGCAGAUAUAGCAUAUGAUAGAAAUAGUAUUUUACCUUUUCUGUAGCGUACAGACGGAAACUUUUUACAGCAUGCAGGUUUCGCAGAUCAAAUAGCCUAACCUAAAUGGCACCCAAUCAAAUAAUAAAUGUGCUGACAUGUUAACAAACAUAUCCUAUAAACAGGACAGGUGAAAAUAAAAUGAACAAUAAGGCUACUCACAAAUGCUGUCCAGGAGUUUCAUCCCGUGGGCUAAAUUGUCAUGAUCAGUGGUUUCAAGUUUGUAUCCAUAUAUUUUUUACGAGCUGAUCAUAGUGAAAAAGAAAAUACUUCUGCAUUUCCCGCUGUGUAAAGACAUUGCAAAUAGGCUCAGGGUAACUCCAGAUGAAGUUGGGUAGCUGAUAUUCAGAGCUUUAAAUAGCUAAAUUGAUUAAACACGGGAUUCAGGACUAAUAAAGUCAAUGCAACGGCCUGUUUUACAAACGGUGGGCCUACCACAUGGAUGGGACCAAAUCGGAACCAAUCAUAGACAUCUAUUUUUGGUUCAGAUUUUGUCCGGUCUGGACCAGCCUUGAUUUUGCCCAAACAUAGACAGCUAUAAAUGAUGUCUUUUCAACUUUCACUCAGAACCGAAAAUGAACCUGAUUUCAACAUCUGGAAAAAGAACGGCCAGGACCAGCCCUUUGUGUGUGAGAGUGAUAGUUAUUGUGUGUGGGUGUGGGUGUGGUUGGAUGAUAUAUGUCAACAUAAUGCUGAAUAUGAUCCAUCAAUGCCUUAGUAAAGCUCUGGGGCGCUCACCCUUGUGUUUCAGGUUCUUGAUCUUUUUUGAUGACGGCACACCUUCCUAUGUAGGCUUGCCGGAUAUUCACAUUGUUUGCAGACCACGUAAGAACAGCCUCGGACAAUUAUUUUCUCUCUCUUUAACUAUUACUCAAUACUUCUUGGCUUAAUCCUGUUUGAUCCUCCUACCAAAUGUAAGAUGUCUUAUUCAGAUCCAGCUAUUACCUUGUAGUUGCUGAAUCCACCUGUGCGACAAUAUAAGUAUAUACCAAAGUAAUACACUUUGAGUUAUCAAUUUUUCAAUUCAUUGGCUUGUAUGGAGCAAAGAAACUCAUAAUGUGGCAGUUGUCAUACAAUAAGUUUAAUCUGCAAUGGAGGCAUGGUGAGAUUCUUGCAGGAAAACGCACACAUGCGUACAUACACACACACAAACUAAGCCUACUGUCUCUCUCUCUCUAUCGACUUAAGUGCCGGAGGUGUGGGAGGACAUAGAGAAUGAGGCCAACAGGGAGUUCAUCAAGGAUUACAUCAAGGUGUACCCCUACCCACCCAUGGCCCAGUACAGACCAGGCCAGCUCGUCAACGUGGAGUUUGAGGGGGUCCAGAGGAGGACGGAAGUAGAGCAGAUCGACUGCAGCUUGUUGUGUGUCGUCUUCAAGGUGAGAAGCUACAACUGCUUACUCUGUAACCAUUGAUUGAAGUGAUAGUGAUUGACUUGCAGUAUAUUGUGCUUGGUAUUCUGGUGAUGCUUACCUAACUAAAGUCCAAUUCUUCCAAAGCCUUUUUUCCUGUAUGUGUCAUUGUGUGGUAAAGUAAAGUGUGUGUGUUCUCAGGAUGACGAACAUAAGGAAUGGGUGUAUCGAGGCUCUUUGCGUCUGGAGCAUAUGGCCAACAUAAAGAAACGUGCUGAGGAGGCAAAGGAUAAACCAGCAGUGACACGGCCCAACACUGGUAAAUGUCAGUCUGUCUUUGUCUUUCUUUAUGUCUGUCUAGCCAUCUGUCUGUCUCUGUGUGUUACUGUGUCCUGUAGAUAAAUAGGAACACAUCUACAGCCUUGUCUGUCUGAAUGAAUGAGCAUCUAAGUCUGCUGUCUGUUUCCUUCCAUGGUGUGCACAGUACUUUGAAUCAUUCCUGUACUUGGAUUCAUAAAGUGGACAAUGUGUUUAUUUCACGAGCACACUCUCUCUUUGUCCAUCACCCAGGGGGAUCAGUUUCGACUACUAAUACCAUCCACCAGACUAGCAUGGCCAAUGCCAGCAAACCGCACGUCAACCCCUCCGCACCCUUAGGGUGAGUAGAAUGUAUGUCUGUGUUUAUACUGUGUUGCUGUACUAUUUUCAAAAGUGCGUCUUCCACGAAUUUCAUGAAUAUGUAUUUCCUGCAUACAUUUACAGUACAUUUCGGAAAGUGUUCAGACCCCUUGACUUUUUCCACAUUUUGUUACAUUACAGCCUUAUUCUAAAAUGGAUUGAAUAGUUUUUUUCUUCUCAUCGAUCUACACACAAUAACACAUAAUGACAAAGCAAAAACAGGUUUUGAGAAAUGUUUGCAGAAAACACACAAAAAAACACAGAAAUAUGACAUUUACAUAAGUAUUCAGACCCUUUACGCUGUACUUUGUUGAAGCACGUUUGGCAGCGAUUACAGCCUUGAGUCUUCUUGGGUAUUACGCUACAAGCUCGGCACACCUGUAUUUGGAGAUUUUCUCUCUACAUAUCCUCUCAAGCUCUGUCAGGUUGGAUGGGGAGCAUUGCUGCACAGCUAUGUUCAGGUCUCUCCAGAGAUGUUCGAAUGGGUUCAAGUCCGGGUUCUGGCUGGGCCACUAAAGGACAUUGAGACUUGUCCCGAAGCCACUCCUGCGUUGUCUUGGCUGUGUGCUUAGGAUCGUUGUCCUGUUGGAUGGUGAACCUUCGCCCCAGUCUGAGGUCCUGAGCGCUCUGGAGCAGGUUUUCAUCAAGGAUCUCUCUGUACUUUGCUCCGUUCAUGUUUCCCUCGAUCCUGACUAGUCUCCCAGUCCCUGCCGCUGAAAAACAUCCCAACAGCAUGAUGCUGCCACCACAAUGCUUCACCGUAGGGAUGGUGCCAGGUUUCCGCCAGAUGUGACGCUUGGCAUUCAGGCCAAAGAGUUCAAUCUUGGUUUCAUCAGAUCAGAGAAUCUUGUUUCUCAUGGUCUGAGAGUCUUUAGGUGCCUUUUGGCAAACUCCAAGCAGGGCUGUCAUGUGCCUUUUACUGAGGAGUGGCUUCCGUCUGGCCACUCUACCAUAAAGGCCUGAUUGGUGGAGUGCUGCAGAGAUGGUUGUCCUUCUGGAAGGUUCUCCCAUCUCCACAGAGGAACUCUGGAGCUCUGUCAGAGUGACCAUCGGGUUCUUGGUUACCUCCCUGACCAAGGCCCUUCUCCUCCGAUUGCUCAGUUUGGCCGGGCGACCAGCUCUAGGAAGAGUCUUGGUGGUUCCAAACUUCUUCCAUUUAAGAAUGAUGGAGGCCACUGUGUUCCUGGGGACCUUCAAUGCUGCAGAAAUGUUUUGGUACUCCAGAUACUCAACUAAUCUCAAGAAGGCCAGUUUUCAGCUGUGCUAACAUAAUUGCAAAGUGGUUUUCUUAUGAUCAAUUAGCCUUUUAAAAUGAUCAACUUGGAUUAGCAAACACAACAUGCCAUUGGAACACAGGACUGAUGGUUGCUGAUAAUGGGCCUCUGUACGCCUAUGUAGAUAUUCCAUUACAAAAUCAGCCGUUUCCAGCUACAAUAGCCAUUUACUACAUUAACAAUGUCUACACUGUAUUUCUGAUCAAUUUGAUGUUUAUUUUAAUGGACAAAAAAUUUGCUUUUCUUUCGAAAACAAGGACAUUUCUAAGUGACCCCAAACUUCUGAACGGUAGUGUAUAUGUGUGUGUUUGUGCCUUUCCAAAUCAUGUCCAAUCAACAGAAUUUACCACAGGUGGACUCCAAUCAAGUUCUAGAAACAUCUCAAGGAUGAUCAAUGGAAACAGGAUGCACCUGAGCUCAAAUUUCGAGCCUCAUAGCAAAGGGUCUGAAUACUUAUGUAAAUAAGGUAUUUCUGUUUUGUUUUUUAAAUAAUUUUGCAAAAAAUUCUAAAAACCUGUUUUCGUUUUGUUAUUAUGCGGUAGUGUGUGUAGAUUGUAUUUAAUCCAUUUUAGAAAAAGGCUGUAAUGUAACAAAAUGUGGAAAAGGUCAAGGGGUCUAAAUACUUUCCGAAGGCACUGUAUAAUUAGAUUUGAUUAGGGCAAGCAGGUAGCCUAGUGAUUAGAUAAUUGUGCCAGUAACCGAGAGGUUGCUAGUUCGAAUCCCCAAGCCGACUAGGGGAAGGUACUUAACCCUUAUUGCUCCAGGGUCACCGUCAAUAAUGGCUGAUUCCUGGCCGUGCACUCUCCGAGGGUGUCUCAGGGGGAGUGGGAUAUGCAAAAAACACAUUUACAUUUCACACCACACACCACUCCCGAGUGGCGCAGUGGUCUAAGGCACUGCAUCGCAGUGCUAGCUGUGCCACUAGAGAUCCUGGUUCGAAUCCAGGCUCUGCUGUAGCCGGCCGCAACCGGCGCACAAUUGGCCCAGCGUCGUCCAGGGUAGGGGAGGGAAUGGCCGGCAGGGAGGUAGCUCAGUUGGUAGAGCAUGGCGUUUGCAACGCCAGGGUUGUGGGUUCGAUUCCCAUGGGGUAUGAAAAUUCAAAAGAAUAAUGUAUGCACUUAACUGUAAGUCGCUCUGGAUAAGAGCGUCUGCUAAAUGACGUAAAUGUAAAUGUAAAUGUACAGGUUACACACGUGUGAAACAGGACAAAUAUAAGUAUAUAUUUGACCUUUAGUCCUUUGGAUCCUUGUUUCAGAAUAACAAUACCUCGUUCAUUCUCCCUCAAACCCAUGUCAUCUUCUCCCUGAUCACGUCAGGAGGCCCUAUGGCCAGGACCGUACAACCGACAAGUCGUCUGUCAUCACAGCUAAAGGUUCGGUCACCUUCACCCACCACCGAUGCUGCCCAGCCUGCCUGGACUGCAUCCGGUCAAAGGUCGAGGCCAAGCACCGUGGACGCAACCCGCUGCUCAUCCCCCUGCUCUGCGAGUUCCGCCGCAUGAAAGGCCGCCGCCGGGUCAAUAACAAGGUGGGUGUAGGGUGAAGUGUAGGGUGAAGUUGCCCCUAGACGCUGAUCUUAGGUGAGUUUAGCGUUUUCCCCUCUAAUGGUUAAGGUUUGCAUUGGGGAGGGGAAGCUGAUCCUAGAUCUGUGCCUAGGGGGAAACUUCUGUCCAGGUCAUUAACAAGGUGAGCACCUAGCUGUCUGGAACGUCAUACUUCAUUAUACAGAACUCUGCCAAUACCUAUAGUGAUGACUCCGCUCCUGGGGGUGCUGCAUCGUGCCUGAUACUGCUCUUCUUAACUGGGGAGUUGGGAGCAGAGCAAAUUACACAUUUCCAUUGUAGCAGAUGGAAAAUAAUGUAUUAUUCUGUUGUCAUCCAGUAUUCAUACUCCUUGUAGUUAUUAAAAACUCUAGUGUGGUUAUGCGCUCUCUUUGUGUUUUCUCACAUCCUUCCUCCGGGCCCUCUGUCUCUGUCUCUCUCAGACGUAUUUCCACAUCUUCUACCAGUCGCCGUGUGGCCUCAGCCUGAGCAACAUGACUGCGGUGCAGGACUACCUUCAACAGACCCGCUGUGACUUCCUCUUCCUGGAUAUGUUCUGCCUGGACCCCUUUGUGUCUGUGACCACCACCCACCAACCCCGGCCCUACAAGAUCAACAUCCUAGACCUGACGCUGGGCAGAGAGAACCAGCCGCUGUCCUGCAUCAACGAACUCAACAACAUCCGGCCAAUCUCGGUGAUCUACAACAAGCAGCGCGUGGCGGCCAGCGGGGUCUCCCUCAACACCAGCUCUGACUUUCUGGUGGGCUGCGACUGCACCGACGGCUGCAGGGACAGGUGUGUGUUGUGUGUGUCACAUGGGUUAAAGUUCUCUGUCACUGCAACGUAUUUCCUUUAAUUUAUUUAAAGGACUCGCAGUUUAAUACAUGUAGAAAAUGAUCCUCUUUCCCUAAAAGCAUGAUGGUCAUUACUUUUUUACAUGGGGUAUGUGGAGGUUGUGUUGACGUGUAUUUAUGGACAUGUAUAUUGUGUUGAUGUAGGUCGGCAUGCUCCUGUCACCAGCUGACCAUCCAAGCCACAGCCCUGUCACCAGGGGGACCUGAGGACGUCAACGCCGGCUACAAACACAAGAGGCUGGAGAAACGGCUCUCCACAGGGUGAGGCUGUCAAUGUGUCUCUUCAUGUACACUACCGUUCAAAAGUUUGGGGUCACUUAGAAAUGUCCUUGUUUUCGAAAGAAAAGCAAUUUUUUUGACCAUUAAAAUAACAUCAAACAGUGUAGACAUUGUUAAUGUUGUAAAUGGCUAUUGUAGCUGGAAACUGCUGAUAUUUUUAUGGAAUAUCUACAUUGGCGUACAGAGGCCCAUUAUCAGCAACCAUCAGUCCUGUGUUCCAAUGGCACGUUGUGUUUGCUAAUCCAAGUUUAUCAUUUUAAAAGGCUAAUUGAUCAUUAGAAAACCCUUUUCCAAUUAUGUUAGCACAGCUGAAAACGGUUGUGCUGAUUAAAGAAGCAAUACAACUGGCCUUCUUGAAACUAGUUGAGUAUCUGGAGCAUCAGCAGUUGUGGGUUCGAAAAAGCCAUAUCUCAGACUGGGCAAUAAAAAGAAAAUAUUAAGAUGGGCAGUCUGAGAUAUGGCUUUUUCUUUGCAACUCUGCCUAGAAGGUCAGCAUCCCGGAGUCACCUCUUCACUGUUGACGUUGAGACUGGUGUUUUGCGGGUACUAUUUAAUGAAGCUGCCAGUUGAGGACCAGUGAGGCGUCUGUUUCUCAAACUAGACACUAAUGUAUUUGUCUGCUUGCUCAGUUGUGCAGCGGGGCCUCCCACUCCUCUUUCUAUUCUGGUUAGAGCCAGUUUGCGCUGUUCUGUGAAGGGAGUAGUACACAGCGUUGUAUGAGAUCUUCAGUUCUUGGCAAUUUCUCGCAUGGAAUAGCCUUCAUUUCUCAGAUCAAGAAUAGACUGACGAGUUUCAGAAGAAAGUUAUUUGUUUCUGGCCAUUUUGAGCCUGUAAUUGAACCCACAAUUGCUGAUGCUCCAGAUACUCAACUAGUCUCAAGAAGGCCAGUUUUGCUUCUUUAAUCAGCACAACAGUUUUCAGCUGUGCUAACAUAAUUGCAAAAUGGUUUUCUAAUGAUCAAUUAGCCUUUUAAAAUGAUCAACUUGGAUUAGCAAACACAACGUGCCAUUGGAACACAGGACUGAUGGUUGCUGAUAAUGGUCCUCUGUAUGCCUAUGUAGAUAUUCUGUGGAAAAUCAGCCGUUUCCAGCUACAAUAGUCAUUUACAACAUUAACAAUGUCUACACUGUAUUUCUGAUCAAUUUGAUAUUAUUUUAAUGGACAACAAAAUUGCUUUUCUUUCGAAAACAAGGACAUUUCUAAGUGACCCCAAACUUUUGAACGAUAGUGUACAUCUGUCAAUUAUCCAUCAGUCGCAAUAUCCCUUUGAAUGUUUGUCUUUGGUAUUUUUUGGUCAGUCUUUGGCAUCACCUCAAUGUUCUCCUCUAUCUCUCAGCUCUUUCUCUGCAUUUGUGUUAUCUGUGACAUGCUUUGAGAGCAAUGUCUGAAAAGCUCUUAUUAUUAUAACAAUUAUUAUAUCUAUAUCAACCCUCUCCACCUCUCUCUGUCUGCAGUAUAUAUGAGUGUAAUUCACUGUGCCGCUGUGACCCACGGAUGUGCUCUAACCGGGUGGUGCAGCACGGCAUUCAGCUGCGGCUACAGCUCUUCAUGACCGUGGGGAAGAGCUGGGGAAUCCGCUGCCUGGAUGACGUUGCCAAGGGCACCUUCAUCUGCACUUACACUGGUGAGACUGAGCUAGGAACCCAAUCUAACCUAACUUAACCCAACCAAUGCCAUUCUUCUGGUUAUACUGCACACAAUGCUCACAACUUUUCCCUUUGCCAUCUCUCCCCUUAGGGAUAAUCAUGAACAAGAAGAGUUUGGGCACAGAGGGAAACAUGUACAUGGUCAACCUGAACCACAUAGAGGGAGCUGAGAACAAGGAGGGCUACGAGAGUGAGGCCCGCCGCUCUGACAAGGAGUCAGGUACAUAUACGCAGAGAGCCUGGCCUCACUGGCAGCUAUAGCAUCAGAUCUAUCCUAUCUGUGUGUUAUGUUUAUUUGAUUGUGAAAAUGAUAGAUUGGGUUUCCGUGUCGAUUCAUGAGUUGUAAAUGCACACACCCAGUGGACACGCAGGGAGUGCAAAGAGAAGCAACAGAACUGACCAUCUCUGUAAUAUUGCGACCUCUGUUCCCCAUCAGGUUCAGAAGAAGAGCCCGUAGAAGACGUCAACAGUGAACAUGAUGACUGUGAUGGAGGUGAUGAUUUGAGCAAUGAUGAGGAAGAGAAGGGAAACCACGAGAAAGUGCAGCGACGUAUGAAGAAGAACAACUCGGAUGACGAAGAUGAAGAACAACUCAGUGAUGAUAAUUAUGAAGACAAGGACUACGAUGUCAGUGAAGAUGAUGGCGACUCUGAGUUCAGGCACAACGUCUCCUCUAUGGAGAGGAGCUACAUCACACGCAGGCAUGCCAAAAUACUACAGGAGGGUAAGAGGAAACCUUAUAUAAAGAAAAGUAUACUGAGUGAAAAGCAAACAUGGAGGGAAACGAAAAAGGUUACCGAGGUUUAGUAGAGGAUUCACUCCUAUUUGGUUUGAUAAAUGUUGGUUUCUCAAAAUAAUGUAGGAAGGUAAAGGAAAAUAAAGCACAGACAAAAGUAUAGACAGAAACCUGUUCAUGAACUCUCCACUUUUAUUUCUGGAUUUAAAAAAAUAAGUUAUAGGACUGGUUCCCAGACUCAUCAAAUGACACUCUCUCAUAGACCCAGCGAAGAAAUCGGGCUCUGACGACAAAUCUUCUGACCAGCAGGAUGGUAAAGCAGAGGGAAAUGACAAGGAGGCCUCAAACGCCACAAGGCGUUUUUUUGAUGGCGAGGAGUCAUGCUACAUAAUUGAUGCAAAGCUGGAGGGGAAUGUGGGUCGCUACCUCAAUGUGAGUCACGAGGAGGAAUAA